UGUACUGAUCCAGGGAAUUGUCUGACCUCGCAGCAUCAUGCUCACCAGGAACGUUGUUAUUCUGUUCUCUCUCUUCGUCCUACUGGUGGAGGGUGACCUGGACUCAAACGAUGCUGGAAUACAAGCCAUGUCGACAGAUAAAGACUCCAUAUCUGAUGAAGCCCCCACAGAGAGUAUGAACGCCGUCUCUCCUGAUCAGCCUGAUACCAGCAGCUCCAGUUCAGAGACUGCAGACGCUCCAGCAGCCAAUCAGGUGACAGUACAUGAACCUGCUGCAGCUGCUGCAAUCAGUGUGGAAGAAGAAGAUGAAGAUGAGCGCUCCGACUCUGAGGAGGGAGGGAAGAAAAAGUUCAACUCCCGUUCGGUCAAACCUCAGAGCCCAGCCGUGCUGCCACAAAACCCAGUGGGCUUUAUCAAAAGCCCCUCCCAUCUACCUCAGAGCCCUGCCCUCCCCCUUCAACCACUCAUUCCUCAGCCGAAAACUCUGGUGAGGAACCGAACGUCAAAGAGACGAUCCAGGACCAAUCGCCCCCAGAUAUAAGAAAUCAACGCACACGCAGUAACACACACCUGUAGUAACACACCUGUAGUAACACACAUGUAGUAACACACACGUACGUAGGUGUAAAAAUAUCUUUCAUACAUUGAUAAAAGAGACACACAAACAUUUGAUCUUAAAACUUGUUUGUGAGUUUGUUUUUGUAAUAUUUAACGGUUUUAUAGGAUGAAUUUAAUAACCUAAAUUGUUUUCUGACUGAAAGCUUAGACUGAUCAUUUAAUAUUUUCACUUUUGUCCGGGUCUGUCAGUGUCUGGCCACCAAUAUGUUUAUUGUAUUGGGCCCCUGAUUGUUUUCUGUAUUGGGCCCUGAUAUGUUUAAUGUAGUGAGCCCCUGCACCGCCUGUUUUCAAUCAGCUCAGUUUAUUUGAGUUUUAGGUAGUUUUUCUUUUCUUUUUCUUUUUUGUUUCAUUUAUUCAUUAAUAAUUCUUAAUUGUAA